CGCAGCUCGCCAAAGCGCGACACUUUCCACAUCCAGGGCUCACUGAGCGCAGGAGUAAACAGAGCAGUGCGGCAACCUGUCUGUUCUAAUCCCAUCUCUGUCCUACAGAAACAAAAUCAAGAGGGACAAAUACACCAGGCUUGGAUAUAUUUGACCGACUGCACACAAGGAUCCUUUUGGUCCGACACCUCUUUUUUUUUUUGGAGCUGGAACUCUCUGAAGAAAAUGUCGGCUUCAGUUCUGUCUUCCAUUUAUGACUUCGACCUGUUGUUCAGGGAGAAAAAUCAAGGUUCUAAUGCAAUGCACGUGAACAACGUUUUGGAGAGGAGAACUGUCGGGAUACCUCUCUCCACCUCCAAUAAAAACAAUAACAGGUUCAAUGCAGGCGGUUACUUCCGGGCCAACUCCAUCAGCCACAUGGACUCUAUGAGCAGUGGCAAGGAGAGCCCUACACCAGCUUACAUGAAUAAGGAGAACAAGUUUCGUGACCGCGCCUUUAGUGAGACAGGGGAACGUGGUCAGCAACUUCAGGAAAUGCUCCAGCCCAAGUCCGGCUCUCAGAUCAACUCCACCCGGUAUAAAACUGAGCUGUGCAGGCCUUUCGAGGAAAACGGCUCCUGCAAGUAUGGAGAGAAGUGCCAGUUUGCGCAUGGCUACCACGAACUGCGCAAUCUUUCCCGCCAUCCCAAGUACAAGACCGAGCCAUGCCGCACCUUCCACACCAUUGGUUUCUGUCCAUACGGCCCGCGCUGUCACUUCAUCCACAACGUGGACGAGCGCAGGAGCGCGCCAAGCACGCAGCUGAGACUCCAGCGAGGCGAGUGCACGCUGCCAACUGACAAGGAGUCUGCUCCGUUUUUCACGCACAAAGACAGACCCAGGUUGCACCACAGCCUGAGUUUCUCAGGCUUCUCAAGCUCUCACGGUGCCAUGAUUGAGAGCCCGACGUCACGCACGCCCCCGCCACCCGCCUCCUGUGCGCUCUCGUUCUUCGAGGACUCCCUGGGUCCGAGUCCACACUGCCUGAACGCCUUUGGGAUCCCCGAACAAGACCUAAAGGCUUUCCUUGCCCCUUUAAUCCCACAUGCCCAAAGUGCUUUUACUGGACAGGCCUCGUACGGGCCACCCCCUUCACCUCCGUUCUCAGUCAGCUCGUUUGCGCCAGUGCGCCUGAUCUCCGACUCCCCACCGGUGUUUGACUCCCCGCCGAGCCCCCUGGACUCCCUCUCAGACCCGGAGAGCUUCGUCAGCGGCUCCCGCUGCUCGUCCGGUACGAUCAGCGGCUCCGAGUCGCCCAGCCUGGAUUCAAACAGACGUCUGCCAAUUUUCAGCAGGCUGUCCAUCUCAGAUGACUAAUUAUUAUUAUUAUUAUUAUUAUUAUUAUUAAUCACAGAUGGUAUUUUGUUAAACAGGUCACCCCAAGGUUUUUAAAAACCAACAUAUAAACAAGAAGGUGCCUUUUUUUUAUACAGUAUAUAGCUAAAUGGUCUAAUCAAGGGUUCUUGUUUUUGUCCGAUCAAGUAGCUAUGUCGGAAAAAAACGUGUAACGUGCCUUGUUUUCACAGCGCCCCCGUAUGGCGUGUGUCAGUCAGUGCAGUUUUUUUGCUGCUGAUGGAAUGUCGCUGCAUUUCUUAAUGCGUUUUUAAAGUGCUAUCAUUGCGCUUUGCUACAUGCUAUGAAAUCUAUUUAACUUAUUUAUUGUCCUGUGAAAAGUAUGGCCUCUGUGGAUCAAUUGAGUCCAUGUAGUAUUUAUCAAGUCUAAAGCAAUACAUUUAUAUUUCUUUUUAAAUUAUGAUUAUGAUCUCCAUUGUUAAUCUGGAAUCACUUGUUUUGUUUUUUUGUUUUGUUUUUUCCUCACAAUAAUAUAUUUUUGUUAUAUUUGGGGGUUAUUUGUGUUGUAAAUAAGUUAAUAAUUUAUAAUUUGUAUGCUAUUUAUUUCAGUUUUGUUUACGACAUGUUAAGAGUGGGAGCAUCUAAAGAGGCCUCAUUUCUGCUUGUGUUUUUUUUUUUUUGGGGGGGAGGCAGAGGAUCUCUGGGCAUUUGAUGUGUAUAGGAUGUAUAGGAGUCUUUACAAGGUGUAAUGUUGAACUGGCCUUUCACAAUUCAAACUGCCACAAAACAUAUGGACAAUACAGACAACCAAAAAAAGAAAAAAAAAAACUUUGUUUGCACAUAGUUGCACUAUUUCAGUCAAGUGCCAGAGAAUGUAGCAGUCACUUAUUAUCUUGAUGUUAACUUUCUAAAAUGUGCCUAUGGAGUAAAUGAUCUUGCAUACUGUAAUCAGCCUAACUGUGGAUUACAUUUUAGUGCCUAUGUCAAGCAAAUUCAGUUGAAUGUAGCUUUUGUUUAUAUAGAUCAAGAUGACAUUGAUUUAGACUGUUCAGUUAUGAUGAUAGUUUUUGUUUCAGAUCAUUUUGAAUACACCAUUCCUUAUAAUAUGAUUAAAAAAACGAACACAGUUUGUAUUUUGACUUCAUAUAGAUGAACUAAACUUGCUGGUCGGGAAAGUAUUUUGAAAAUACAUUGUAUUAUAUAGUUAACUCGUAAUGGUCAGUUGGACUAUUUGGAUUGGAAGUUAAAAAUAAAGGUUGAAUGUAAAGACAGCUCGGUUUGAUUUAUGAGGGAUUGUGUAUGCAGAUGCAUCAAUUUGUACUUUGAAAUAUUUUACAUUGAUAUCCUAAUAAAGAUACCUUUUAAAUAAAA